ACAUACCAAUACAUAUACACACCAACCCGGACACACCAAGAUGAGAUUCUGUGCUUUCCUCUGUGCUACUAUGAUGGCCACGGCCUCUGCUUUUGCUCCCACCAGCAAGAUCCAAGUUCCUGCCUUGACCACGACCGAGAGCACCACCUCUCUGAACCAGGCCAUCGACUACAAUCCCAACCUCGGAGGACCCAUGUCCGACGAUCCCGUCGACCGCACCCUUAUGAGCAUGGUGCGUUGUGGGUGAUCUUUUUACUUAAUUGUUUGUGUUUGAGAAGAUCCGAAUCGGCCGCCAGCUGUUGCGCGGCUUUUGGUCUUCGCCUCGACUGGGGCUGCAUUUUGUUCUCUUGUGCUUUGUUUUGAUCUGGACUCGGUUUGAAUCCGUGGAAAGGCGAUGCGGAGGCAAUGGCAACACGGAAGCCACUGUUUGUGAAACUACCUUCUUACCGAAUCCAUUGCACUGCGCCCUUUUUCUUCCAAACGGAACGGCACGACGCUACAGUUCCCCACUGAUAUUCCUAUGCGCAAGAUGCAAGGAGGAGGCACCGUCCGAACCUGGGACAUCCCCCCAGAGGCCGAGCGUCUCUCCUAUUACAUUAGAACCAACGGACGUCCCCUCAAGGCCCUUGUUGAAUUGGUACGUGCAGUAUCGGGGCAGAUUGUGCAAUCGAUGCGUUGAAUAUAUAGUGUGCAAUCGCUGCGUUGCGUUGUGUGUGUGUUUGGGUCCGGGUGUUUCGUGUGGUAUCAGCCAGGACCACGCUAAGGUUGGAACCAUCAGGGCGGGAUUGGAUGCGAUGUGAUGCAACGAGAUUGUCCGAAAACUUCAUUUGCUGAGAGACAAAGUUACUUUCUGUCCGAAGAGAUAGAUGGCAGAGGUGACGCAAUAGUGCAACACAUAGCAGACUCGUCGAAAAAAAGGAAACUCAAAUGGCAGUUCGACUUGGCUUGUUUGAUUCGAUCUGUGUUUGUCGAAUGCGACCGAACCAAUACAUCGCACGCAAAUUGUGAAUGGUCCCUGCCACAGGACGACGCAUGUUGCUCUUCUUGCGCUCGGUGGAUGUAACCAUGGUCGUUAUGACGCACAAAAUAAUAUUUAUGGGAGACUGUGUCGUUCCCGAUGCCCAUUGCUAUCUUCUCGUUCCUGGCUGGCAAACUGUUCUCUCCAUUUCAAAAGAUGUCGUUUGACUUACACAUUGUUUUGUUUUCUAUCUCUCCGUCCAACAACACAACGCAUGAACUAUCACAACGGCGACUGCGGAACACAGUGGGUAGGACCCAUCCGUCGCAUCCACUCAGUGGACAUCGAAUGCGAGGACGGUGACCAAACACCAUUCCGUGCCAUGCUAAAGUUCAAGCCCGGAACCAAGACCCUCAAAAUCUCCACCACAGGAAGCCACGAAUUCCCCAUCGAGUUCGGUGCCGAGGUUCCCAAUGCCCAGCGCAUGGAAGAAACCUGGGCCGCUACCCAAAAGGUCUUCGACACCUCCCCCAAGACCACCGUACAGGGAGGAUCCACCGAAGGCGGCGGCGGUUCCGUCCGUUACUUCAACAUCCCCGACGACGUCGAAACCACCCAGAUGGUCUUGUGGUCCCGUGACAUCGGAAAGCGUACCGUCAAGGCCCAGAUCGAGGUUUUGCAGGGACCCAACAGCGUGCGACAGCUCUACACUCUGCACUGUGGAGGAUCCACGCAGCCAUACCACUGCGUCAUUCCCACACCCGGACCUGGCUGGACGAUCCGUAUCAUCGCUACCAACUACAUGGAAUUCCCCUUCAGCGCCGUCGUUACCCCUUACGAAUUGACUGGAGAAGUUGACCAAUUCGGACAUGGACCCGCCCCUCUUUACAUGAACUAAACGCCAUCUAGUUUGAUGCAAGCAGCAGGCACAAACAAGUCGAGAAUGAAGGAACAUGCCAUCGUGCAUAGCAAUUACACUCU